AUGUUCCAAGUACGCGUUGCAGGCAACAAGCAAGAAGUUUGUGCGCCGCUGCGGAAUGAAGGCAGCGGUGCAGACCACAUGUUGCAACCCAUUAUGACUACGCUCACCUGCAUUGACACUUGUGCCACAAAACCUUUUCUAUGUGAUAAUUCUAUCCAUGUGACCCUUGUGGCUGCCAAUUUCCUGAAACAAGUAGCCGUACUUACUUGCUUGCCAAACAGCUUGCUAGGCACGUUCUUUUCCGCACACGUUUGCGUGGGCACCCCGGCUCAAUGUUUUGACGCAGUCGCGGACACCGGCAGCGACAAUGUCAUUGUGCCCUCCUGCAUCUGCGAUGAGGUUCCAGGCACAGGAUGUGGCAAGCAUGAGCGAUGCUUUCGGGGAUCGAACAGGUCAUCAACCUUUUCCAUACCACCGACUCCCAAGAUCGCAGAGCUGACGUUUGGCAGUGGAACAAUCCAAGCCGCGAUCGCCAGUGACGUUGUCAGCGUCUCGGGUGUAAGCGCGAACAUGACCAAUGGUGUUCUGCUAAUGCUAAACCGAGCGGCUCUGGAGGUAAGCGGGGAUUUUCAGGGCAUCCUUGGGCUGGGCCUACCUAAGACUCCAGCUGCCUUGAAUAUGGGCGGCACGAUCCUGGCUACGGAGCCGACUCCUGUCUACUCAGGUAUUGUUGCCGCUUUUGUUUGUUUGCUCUUUCCCCAGCUGUGCCCUGCUACUGUCCCUUAUCAUGUCAAGAGACAGAGCACGCCCUAUGAAGAAAAGCUCUUCCUCCAGAUGGCGAAGGUCGAUCGCUUCUCAUUGUGUUUUCAGGAUGCAGAACAACCUGGAGCCUUGCGCUUCAACUUGCCUCCAUUUCUCAACGCCAUUGAUCAAAUUGGAGAGCUUCAUUGGGGAAUUGGUUUGCAAGGCAUGUCCAUUGGCCCUCGCAAUGGUCCUUCAGACAGUGGAGUCAUUUUCUGUAGUCCUGAGACAAUGACACCCGGCAUGACCAGUCCCUGUGGCAUCAUCCCAGACUCUGGCACAACACUGAUAACUGGCCCUGCCCAACAGGUAAAAGCGUUACAAGCCGAGCUGUGCAGCAAGUGGCCAAGGUGCAGGGAGCAGGCUCGUGGACAGCCAAGUGCUUUGGACUUUGAGCAGGUGCUUCAGGACUGCUCCAGCUGGCUGAACGAGUCUGGCUUGGAGGAGAUCCCAUCUCUUUUCUUCCAUGUUGGCAUGACAGGGAAACAGGUUGAGGUGUUUGAGCUGACGUCCUGGGCAUGGGUCACAGAAACAUUGGUGGAUGGCACAGCGGUUUGCAUGCCGGGAUUCGGAGAAAUGGAGUAUUCGACUGCAAAGAAUGGUCCCGUCUGGAUCUUGGGCACCCCGCUGUUUUACGAGUACAAUGUAGGCUUUGACCUGAAGGCAAAGCAGGUAUCACUGGAGGCAGGGACAUGCCAACCCUGCUUGUCAGACACGCUGCUGCUGUCAAAGCCCACCUCGCGACUUUUGCCACGACGACAGCAGGGUCAUGUCUGGACAAAAGGUGAUGCCAUGGGAAACUACACAGGGCCGUUCAUCACCUACUUCGAGGAUCAAGAAACCAGAACACCAGCGCGUUGGGUCUUCUUUGACGGCAUGUCCUUUGAUAUCCUCAGCUGGGAACCUGGAAAGCAGGCAUUGGGCGGGAACUGCGUGAGAAGGAUCGGGGAUGGUCUGCUGUUUUGUCCCAACCUGUGA